AGGUGGGCUACCAGAUUCGCUUCAUCAACAAGUUCUCCGAGAACACCCGGCUGAUCUACGCCACCACGGCCAUUGUGCUCAGGCGACUGCACAGCGAGCCGACGCUGGACAGCAUCGGCUGCCUCAUCAUAGAUGAGGUGCACGAGAGGGACGUCUACACGGAUUUCUUGCUCCUGCUGAUCCGUGAGGCUAUACUCCAGGGGAGGAUGCCCCACAUGAAGAUCGUGCUGAUGAGUGCCACGCUCAAGGCCGAGGACUUCGCAGGAUACUUCCGCGAGGUGAACGGCAGCUCGGCCCUCAAGCCCGUGCACAUACCUGGGCGAAUGUUCCCGGUGUCCGACUAUUAUUGGGAGGACGCGUGCGAGUGGCUGGGCUACUGCCCGCCCGACAAGGGCGCGGGCAAGGGCGGCAAGGGCGGCCAGCGCCACGAGUCCAUGGCGGACAGGGAGCAGGCGGUGUACGACGCCAUCUCCCGGGACACCUCCGUCAAGACGCGGCCUGGCAAGGACCGGGCAGACGACUACAGCCCCAAGACGCUGCGGGCCGCGC